AUGGACGGCACGCGUGAGCAAUCAGGCAGCUGCACCAGCGUUGCCAUUGCCCGCCACGCGGCGUCCCCCGGCCCUUUAUCGAUGUCCUUCCGAGCUGCUGGGAUCGAGUUGACUGGUGCGACCCCUGUGAUGGACAGCGUUGGCGCCUUCACAACCAUCGCGGCGAGCACGCGCCGGCACGUUUCCCCCACCAACCGUGAUACCUCAACCACUGCUAGUCUUGGUAGCGGUGUAGGUAGUGCUGGGGGCUACGCUGAGAGACUAGCGCCGUUCUCACACUCGGUAAUCAACGCAUCUGUUCCCUCUGGCGCGUCCAUCGCAGGCAACAACCAUCCGAGCUCUGAUAGCCUCAGCACGCGAGUUGGCUCUGCAGCGGCGACCACCAGGACUGAGGCGGUGGAAAGCCACUUGACAGCUGCUCAAAACGGCGAGCGCGGCGAUAAAGGAAUCAUUACCAGCCGCAGCCACCGCGGCGUAUUUCCUGGAGAGGCAACAGGAACAGCCACAGCAAAGAUGCUGCAGCGUCCAGUGACGGUGACCACCCCACAGCCACGUCCGACCUCUUCCACGCCCUCAGAAUCCUCGUCUUGCUUGGCGAUGGAAGGGUCGAGCCGCGGCUUCGAUCAGGUUCCACAACAAGGCCAACAAGCAGUUUCUCCAGGAAGGCUUUCUUCGUACGCUCUCUCGUCUACCGGCGUGCCUGUCCAGCACCUUUACCGCGUUCCUUCAGCGUUCUACGCGCACAAUGGCGUCACCUCGUCGGCGGCGCUGUCGAUUGUACGAGACCGCUGUGACCGUGGCAACACCUUCACCGUUCCGGCUCCCUCGUAUAUCUCCGCCGAGGACACCGCGCAGACGCACGUGCGACGGCUACCGGGGGCGAGUUUCUCUUCAAGCGACAUGGAUGCGCUAGAGGAACGUGCUCGUCGCGCCGCGGAGCUGCACGCCAGUGUUGAUGUUGGCGACGAGACCGAGACGGUGUUGGCCUGGGCAGCGGAGAGUCGCUCGGGCAAGACAGGACGUGUCCAAGUCCCGGUGCCGUCGUCGUUGUCGGCCGUACGUGUGGCCCGUGGGUACCGUCGCUCCCGCUGUCGAUCCAUAUUGGGCUCUGAAGACGGGCCGCCAUUGGACAGUGGCAGCGUCAGUUUAGUUCCUGGGCCAAAGCGACGGCGCCGGCACGAGGGCGUGGGGGGCUCUGUGUACGUGCAGCCGUACCAACGCCUCAGCAACACGAGCAUCCGUGAUGACGGCGGCACCCCUGCCGUGCCAACGCGGUGGCUAACAUCGCCGUCCGUGUCAUCCUCGUCAUCCAUAGUGUUCGCGUCUCCACAGUCACCGGCAGUGGCACUCGCUUCCGCGGCGACGUCAACGAGCGGCAUCAGCGCCUCCCGACCACGAGUUGCCCCAUCGCCUUUCAGCGCGGUCCUCGCUUUCUUUGGCGCUGUGCCAUCGAGGACAGCGGCGAUGACGGCGAGCGGCACCGGUCCGUUUUUGAGGACUGCCACUACACCUCCCACAGAACCGCCUGCGUGGGUGCGGCCGUGGGUGUUGCACACCCUCUCGCGUGCCUUCGCUGCUCACCUCGCGCGCGAUGUGGACGCCUCUGUGGCAGCGGCAGCCAGCUUCACCUCGACCCCAGCUGCUAGCUCUGCUGGUACUGUCACUCAGAGCCUACAUUCAUCCCUUCCUGUGGCGUUCUAUGCUUCCGCUCAAGCAACGGAGACCUCCGCGUCAGCGCAGCCGCGCACGCUGCGGGCCGCUCUGCUGCUAAUCUUCGAUGGGCUAGAACGACUUGAGGCGGGUCUGGCGGAGGUGCUGGUGGGCACGCCGAACGCGUGCCACUCGCCAGACGCUGGCCAUGGCGUGAAGGUUGAUGACUGUCGCGCGUCACCACGCGUGAGAGGUCGAGUCCCCCGUGCACCUUCCCCCACCUCUGCGGCAACAGCGGCUGAGUCAGACGCAUCUGCUGGAUUUGUUGAGCAGCUGCGCCGUCUUACGCGACAGUGGUGUGAAGUACUCUCCCAGUGGCCGUGCGAAGUAGUGACGCUCGGCUAUGUGGAGUGGUGGCUGGGGCACGCGAUUUGGACCGAUCUUGUAACGUGUGCCGCAGACGCGCGCGUCGCCCUCAGUGCGUUUCCAGCGACUUCAGAAGCGAUUGAUGAACAGGAGACGAGGGGGCGGGGGGCCGAGACCAGCAAUGGGGGUGAAUGGCAGCCGCCUCAACCGCCACCGCAAGUGCCGGCCUUUGCCCUACAAGGCAUCCUCGCGGCUGCUGCGACAGAGGGCAUGCGCACGCUUUUGGACGCGUUGGUGGACGCCUUUGUGCGCGCCGUCAGUGAUCUGCUACGCAGCACUGACGCUGUUGGCCAACCUCGAAGCGCGGAGCGCUCUACCUCUUGCCGCAACAUCCAGGUGGAAAUAGCAGGCGCUCCGAUAACGAAGGCACAGCACACCUGCAUGGCGCUUCUUCGCCUUUUUACGUCUCUCUACGCGAACCCACCACCAGUUCUUCAGCAGCUUCUGACGCUGAUACGUGGUGAGGAUUGUUUCUCCUCCACGGUGACCAGCGCGGCUGCGAAGGGCGAUGCGAGAGAAACGACGCUGCACGACGAUGCAGACUCACCAGCGUCGCCGGGUAGUCUCUCCACUACCACAGCUGCCGCUGUUGCAGGUGAGGGUCUCAGGCAACGGCCGCACCCACACCCACCCCCAUCAUCUUCGUCUUGGUUAUCACCGUGUGGUGCACCCCCUGGCUCGCCAUUUGCUUCAGUGGUGAACCUCAGUGCACUGGACGCUUCACAGUUGCGGUCACGUGUGUGUCAGCUACAGUACCAGCUCCUCUACGCUGUAUGCCGUCUCUGUAACGAGCUGCCCAUGCGCUGGCAACCGCAGGACUGCACUCGGGACGCUGAGGAAGGUGAGAGCAGCAGCGUGCGAGCCAGCAGCGCCACCUACAUGGAGUUUUCCCCUGCUCUUCGACACCAGAGUGACUGCGAGAUGGCAAGGUUAUCCUUGUUCGCUACAGCGGCGCGGUUGGCGGCCACCGUAUCGGCUCUGCUCCUCCACGUUCAGCUGCCCAUGAAGGGAGACCUGUUGUGUGUCGCGGGCCGCUUGGCGCAGUGGCGUGCGGUGCUGCUCCGAUCGUCGUGCAUGAACGAGCGUGAGUACACGGCGACGAUGGGUCACCUCUGUGCGCUCAUGACCCAGGCCAUGUGA